AUGCCUAUGCUACACCCCUUAACCGAGAAGUCUUCACCUCAGUUGUUGAAGUCAAGUCCAGAGCGAGUGCUCGAGAAUGGACAGUGGAAACCGCAGCCUGCCCAUAUGACACACUCUCGCCAUGGGAUGUCACUCCCCUCUUACAUGGUUCCCUUCCUGCCCACAUUCCUUACUGGGCGGACAAAUAGCGACAACACGAAUGAAAAGCAACGAUUACAUAGCAGGCCCACCGCAUACCUAGAUGGAUUGCGAGGUUUUGCUGCUCUACUAGUCUACUGGGGACAUCAUCAAAUUUGGGCACACGAUGGCGGAGGGGUUGGAAAUGCCUUCGAGUUAGCCUACGGGUACGAUGACAAGUACUAUUUCGCAUGCCUUCCUGGUAUUCGAACAUUCUUUUCGGGGGGCAUUUUGCCGUCAGCGUCUUUUUCGUACUCUCGGGCCGCUGUGCCAGAGGUUCAAGGAAGCUACCGCGCGGAGCUCUGGAAUUGGUACGCCGAGUUCAAGAAUUUCAGUUUCCCUCUCCGAACAGGCGGCGAGCCCUGGUUCACAUACAAUUUCCAUGCUUGGUCUAUACCCGUCGAACAUCGAGGUUCUCUGGCUGUCUAUACCGCCGUUCUCGCCUUUUCAAGAUUUCGCCGUAAUGCCCGGCUUCUAAGCGAAGUCGCGUUGGUGGUGUACUUUUUGUAUAUUGCGGAUGGAGCACACUAUGCUAUGUUCAUUGCCGGCAUGCUUCUAAAAGAUCUCGACCUCCUCGCCAUACGAAAUGACUUGCCCCGCUUCUUUUCCAGACUGGUUCCCUUCAAGACGAUCAUCAUGACUGUUCUCUUCUAUGCAAGCCUUUAUCUUGGAGGGGUCCCCUCACACACGGACAAUUUGCAACAAUUACGUGACUCAUCAGGGUGGUACCUCUUAUCCUUCUUAAAGCCACAGGCAGUGUUCGAUUACAAGUGGUUCUACCUGUUCUGGGCCGCCGUCUUUCUCGUCGUAUGCACAUCUCACCUUCAGUGGCUCAAGACAUUCUUUACCACUCCAUUCAACCUCUACUUGGGCCGUAUUUCAUUUGCAUUCUAUCUGGUUCAUGGACCGGUUCUGUGGACUUUGGGGGACAGGCUGUAUGCUGCAGUGGGUUUUGUACGCGAUUCACACCCUCAGAAUUGUCCCUGGUGGAUUAAUCGCCUCCCCUUGCCUAACGUUGGCCCUUUUGGGCUUGAAGUCAACUUUCUCGCCGCAAAUCUGGUUCUGUUGCCCUUGACUAUCUGGCUCGCAGAGGUCACGACUAGACUAGUUGAUGAGCCGGCGGUGAAGUUCUCUCAGUGGAUCUAUCAAAGGGCGCUGGUUGAUAAACCCUGA